AGAAAGAAAGAGAAGUCAUAAAGCGGUGUCCUUGGGGAGCAACGACGCAGCUCUGUUGAGAGAUCUGCGUAUGAAUAUUCGGUUUCCGCAUUACUGACACUCUCACCGGGAUCUCGCAGCACCACCAUGCGCCCAUAGCCUCUCCCGCAGCAGAUCCCCCCUCCAAGAGACAUGGUCUUUGGCAAACAACACCAACACCAACACCCAGCCACCAACACCAACACCAACCUCCGUGUCUCCUCCUCCCUCCAGGAUCUCUCCUCCUACCGCCACCACCACAUCGAUCCGACCACCCUCGCCGCCGCCUCUUUCUCCAAAACCAAACCCCCGCCGCGCCGGAGAUGCCUCCUCCUGAUCCUCCUCCUCUCCCUCCUGCUUCUCCUCCUGCUCCCCCUCCUCUACACCCUCUACUCCCGCUCCCACGCCUCCGCCAAAUACUACGUCGUUCUGGACUGCGGCAGCACCGGCACCCGCGUGUACGUCUACAAGGCCCAAAUCCACCACCGCCCCAACACCAACCUCCCCAUCGCCAUCCACUCCCUCAAAGACGGCCUCCGCCCCAACCCCGCCAGCGCCCGCGCCUACGACCGCAUGGAGACCGAGCCCGGCCUCGACAAGCUCCUCCACAACGUCACCGCUUUGAAAGCCGCCCUCAAGCCUCUUCUCCACUGGGCCCAGAAGCAGAUUCCACAACCCUCUCAUUCCACCACCUCCCUCUUCCUCUACGCCACCGCCGGCCUCCGCAGACUCCCCUUCGACGACUCCAAGUGGCUCCUCGACGCCGCCUGGGCCUUCCUCCGCGCCUCCCCCUUCGUUUGCCGCCGGGAUUGGGUCAAGAUCAUCUCCGGCACCGAGGAGGCUUAUUUCGGAUGGAUUGCGUUGAACUACCACAGCGGUACCCUCGGCGUCAAGCCCAGGAAGCCCACCUUUGGUGCUCUUGAUCUCGGAGGCUCUUCCCUUCAGGUAACCUUCGAGGGUGCUGGUAAGCAACACUUGAAUAGCGAGACUAGCUUGUACGUUAGGAUUGGCUCUGUCAACCAUCAUUUAACUGCUUAUUCGCUUGCUGGCUAUGGCCUCAAUGAGGCCUUUGAUAAGUCUGUUGCGCGUCUUUUUAAGGACUCUAGGAAUGUCGUCACUGGGAAUGUCGUCUUGGUCAAGCAUCCCUGCUUGCAGGCUGGCUACACCCAGCGCUACGCCUGCUCCUUUUGCUCGCCCCUCGACAGGGGAGGGGAGAGUCCUAGAGUGGAGGGGAGUGUGCUGGGGAAGAAGGGGGAGUGGAGGACCGCCGUGGCGCUUGUUGGCGCCCCGGAUUGGGAGAAGUGCAGCGCGCUUGCGAAGGUGACGGUGAAUUUGUCUGAGUGGUCGGAUGUGAGGCCGGGACUGGACUGCGAAGUGCACCCGUGUGCACUUCGCGAUAAUUUGCCCCGGCCCACGGGGCAUUUUUAUAUCAUUUCUGGGUUUUUUGUGGUGUAUAGGUUCUUCAACCUGACUGCGGAGGCCACACUUGAGGAUGUGUUGGAGAAGGGGAGGGAGUUUUGUGAGAAGAGAUGGAGUGUUGCCAGGAAGAGUGUUGCCCCUCAGCCGUUUAUUGAGCAGUACUGCUUUCGGGCGCCGUACAUUGUCUCCUUGCUGAGGGAGGGUUUGCAUAUUACUGAUAAGCAUAUAACUGUUGGCUCUGGAAGUAUCACUUGGACGCUUGGGGUGGCCUUGUUGGAAGCUGGCAAGUCGUAUGCUGUAAGAUUCGGGCUUCGAGGUUUUGACUUGCUUCAGAUGAAGAUAAAUCCCAUUAUUCUUAUUCCCAUUUUGAUACUUUCUUUCAUUCUUCUGCUUUGUGCUUUAUCCUGGGUUGUCAAUUGGAUGCCGAGAUUUUUCCGGAGGCAGUAUCUUCCAUUUUUCAGGCAUAACGGCGGGUCAAGUGCAUCUGGUAUUAAUAUACCAUCUCCUUUCCGUUUUCAGCGAUGGAGUCCUAUGAAUUCUGGAGAUGGAAAAAUAAAGACCCCACUCAGCCCAACAGUUGCAGGUUCACAGGAUAGACCAUUUAGCCUGGGGCAUGGUCUUGGUGAUAGCAGUGGUAACAUCCAGCUGAUGGAAUCCUCCUUUUAUCCAUCAGCUACUAGUGUCUCGCAUAGUUAUUCGUCAAACAAUUUAGGGCAGAUGCAGUUUGACAACAGUAGUAUAGGGUCGUUCUGGUCACCCCACAGAAGCAAGAUGCGUCUGCAGAGUAGGAGAUCUCAAUCUCGAGAAGACCUGAAUUCUUCAAUUGCCGAGACACACAUGGUGAAGGUUUAGGGUGUGAUCUUCCGAAAACUUUGAAUUUCAGUUUUUGUCAUGGAGAUGACCAAGGGGGCUAAAGAAGAGUUGGCAAGAUUGUUUAAUUCCAUAUUUAAUUUGCUUCUUCUGGAUCUCACUUCUAAACUGACAUCCUCAAGUUGCAUAGCACAACAAACAAGCUCUCAUAUUCCAUCAUUCCUGACCACUUUCCUUCAGUGGCUCUUGUACAGUUUUCUGGUGACCAUAAGCCUUCAGAUGAUUAAUGAAGCAUCAACAACAAAGUCUUCUAAGUUCGAGAAACUCUUAAAACUGCUGAGAUUAAUUCAUUUGUGACUAUUUUCAUACCAUUUUUUAGACUAAUAAACUUCCAUUACUAUAGAGAAUAGCCUCUUUCACAGGGGACUGAUGACUGGGUAAAGCACUUUGAGAGGUGGAAAAGUUAAACCACUAAGGAAAGUUGUAAUAUAGUACAAUGCUCAUAUCUUACAUGUUAAAUAAUCUAUUCAAUUCAUCUGCACCUUGCAAGCAA